CUCCUCUCCCAGGACUGUUAUCAGUGGGUCCAGAGGGCAAGCAGGAACACAGGUGCCAUGCGUCCCUGGGUGCUGUUGGCUGUGGCCCUCGUGGUGGUCCUGGCUUCUGCCCAAGCCAUGGAGACCGAGGACACCUCCCUUCUCAGCGUCAUGCAGGAGUACAUGCAGCAGGCCACCAAGACAGCCCAGGAUGCACUGAGCAGCAUGCAGAAAUCCCAGGUGGCCCAGCAGGCCAGAGGCUGGAUGGAUGUUGGCAUCAGCUCCCUGAAAGACUACUUCAGCACGGUUGCAGGCAAACUCUCCGAAUUCUGGGAUUUGACACCUGAGUCUGCAACCACUCCGACCUUCGAGGCUGCCUGAGACAUCAAUUCCCCCCAGUCUGCCUGUCCAGCCACCUUGUUGGUGCCAUGUCUCCUGUGGGCUGCAGAGCUGUCCCCAUAGACAGCUUGAAGGGACAGUAUCCUUGGCACUUCCUCUCCCCUUCCCAGCCCCAGUCCUGGCUCCCCCACAGGCAUGCUGCCUCCCAAUAAAGCUGAAUGAGAUG